AUGCCUAUCGCACUUCCGCUGAUCGCACUCCUGCCGUCGAACCGACUCAUCCUCGUCCCUCCUCUGCUCCCAGCCUUCGAGAAGAUGCACCGUCCUCCGAUCAUUGGAGCUCGGAGUUCUGCCUGCCACCAGGGCCACGACGUGGAGCGGGCUCCCAUUGAACCAGCGGCAGAUCCAUCUCUCGCUGAGCAGGAGAAGGACGAAGAAGUGCUGAAAGCCGCGAUGGUGUCCGGCAACGAGGCGAUCCUGCGACUUGCCAUGACGGAUGCAAUGCAGCACAAGGUCAACCCUGAGGCCCGCGGGAUGCGGCAACGCAGCGGCGGCGCAUGUGCACCCAAAUUCUCGCAGGUCCUCCAUUCAGCACUCCAAGCCCUAUGGGCCGCUGAGCUUGGACGUGCUCCGCCAGGGGUAAGCAAACCCUUCCUGAAGGCCAUGGGGCAGAGGUCCGGGCAGUUCUCGCCGCCUCAGCGCCAGGCUGUGCAUGCCACGGCUGGCUUCGACUGUAGAGAUGGAGCCAAGCCUUUAGGACUGCAGGUGUGCCGGAGGUGCGACUCGCUCUUCAAGGAACUUCAGAAUCCGGAGCAGUUCCCUGAUGUGGACAACCAACUUGAGCAUCUCUGCCGGGAGGCGCGGCAGUCUGACGAAGCGGUGCUUCGGCAAAGUGUCUUCGGCCUUAUGGAGCCUCAAGACAUCAAACUCUUCCUCUGCGCGCCGGACAACAAGCUCUGGCACGAGAUCAUCGGGCAAACAGAGAAGUUUGUGCGGGAUCUUGACGACGAUGACAAAUUCAGAGCUCCACUGGACAGUGUCGAAGAGAUGACGCCGUCGUCAAAGGACGAUCGGCUGCAGAACUUGAAGCCCAUAGUGAUGGACCACACCGUUCGGGAACCCGCGACCAACACGCCCUUUGGUCACACCGGGUACAUGAAGUACCUGACUCUGCAGAUCAUCCGAAAGAUGUUCUUCAAAGACAUUGCGAUCACCGGCCUCUACUACAAGGACUCCUACACCCCCGAGAAUCAGAUCCUCGAAGAGCUGCGGGACCGUAACGACAGCAUGGAGGGGCUGGUGGCGAUGUUCGGUCCAGGCGAAGAGGACCGCAAGGCGGGCAUGGCUGCCAUCAAGGACUUCAAAAUCCCGAACGCUUUCCUGGACCUCACCCUCAAGGCCAGUGUGCGUUUCGCCGCCUCGGAUUUCGUGCAGUCCAUCUUAGAGGCAGUCGCAGAUCUGGACAGGAUCUUCACCGACAUGGGCCUUCCGGGAGAUCCCUGGCGGAGUGACGAAGAGUUGGGCGGGGAGCAUGGCAAGGCCGGCAUGGGCGAGAUUUCCUUGAACCUUGUGGACUUGAUGGAGUUCCUGGACCUGAAGACGGAUGGCACCAUGAAUCCCGAAAGAAAGGCCGCGGCCGAAAGAGCCUUCCAGACUUGGAAGGCCGACGAGGCUUUCCAGCGGAGAGUCGUGGCCAUCUUGACAGAGGAAGGCCGAGGAUGCGCCAACUACAUAGACUAUGGGACGCUGGUCGAGUGGCUCCGGAAGUUCUUUCCGGAGACCGAGCACUACCGGAUCUUGGUUCACGCCCAUGGUGGCAGCGGCAACACUCAGGAUGCAGCCAGUGUGGAAAGUGUACUGAAGGGAGGCAAUGGCGUCUGGGCUGCAGUAAUCCCACAGGCAGCUCAACAGGGACACAACUCGUCGUUGGUGUUCCUGGACAACAUGCUGUCGCUCGGGAACAAGAAUGUCCUCGAGGACUUCUGGCUACACCAGGCAGCCCAGUGUGCCAGGCACUGCUACUACCUGAACUUCAACACUCACCACAUCCCUGACGACUGCCCCAUCUGGGGUGCCCGUGGCAAGCAGCUUACCCACUCGGCAUUCUGCACCGUAACAGGCGAAGAGUGGCGCCGGAAGAGCAGCGACUAUUACGACAUUUGGUCUGACGACAUGAGAGUGGCCUUCGCGCAGGUUGGCCAGAGCAAGUUGUCCAAGGCGAUCGUGCAACUGCGUGCAGAAAGACGCAACCAAGGCAGCUUCCGCGUGUCGCCUCUCGUCUCCGACCUCGACGUCUGGAAGAAGAGACUGGACGAAGCUCGAGUUCUCCAGGGACGAGAACGAGCCGGAGACUUCUAUAAGCAAAUUCGCUCCUUAGCCUUCGCACUCAUGAACGCAAACAUCCGAGCCAACUUCGAUGAGGCGCACACCUUGAAAGAACUGGCGCGCAUCGUUCGAGACAGGAAGCAGCGAAAGGAGCACGUUCCGGAGAUCACGAACUACGAGAAGGCGAAGCAGCACCAGGGUCAGUUUGAAUGA